GCUUUAGAUGGUCAAGGAUCAUGUCAUGUUCGUCCAUUGUAAUAUCCUUUAUUGUAUGCUUCUAGAGCUCAUAAAGACAACAUGCGAUUCCCCAAUUUCGAUCUCAAUAUCAAGGACCAUAACAUGAGCCGUUUCUCAAAAUCUUCUCCAGUCACAACUGCAAUAAUGCAUUAUUUUCUCUUCCAGCUAGCCCACAAUGGCAUCCCUAGAACCUGAAGGUCUAGACCGAACCAAGUCAGAAGAGGAGAUAUUGGAAAGGUUAUCCCAUGUAGUGGAAAUAUCAGAAGAUAGAAUAUUUCCGUUAGAAAAUCAUUUCCUUCCUCUGACCAGCGAUUUCGAACUUUCUGCGCCUCACCAUAAGGAAGUAAAUCCUCCAGCGCCGUCAAAGGUACAUAUCCCACCAACUUACUUUCCAUCUGAAUUUCCUAUCGAUUCCGCAAAACUAUUCGAGCCUUCUACUCAGCCUACAUCUGCUCGCAUGUCAAGAUGUCUAUCGCCCAAACAACUUGACUCAGGCCAGGAGGCGACGAUAAGUUCCUCAGAUGGAUCAUACGGCAAUACGGCGCACGAUGUGUUCACCGACCCACGACCUGCAACACCACUCGGUGUUUUAAAUACACCAUUCCAAACCCCUGGUGAAGAUCAUGGCUUGUCAGAUCCAUUAUUUAAACCAGGUGUGUAUCUUGGAACUUUGAAACAGCCGGACCGUAAGCUUGGUGAUAGGAAUGUAGUAUAUGCGACUUUGAGUAAAAACGCUGUAUCUCACAGCUGGACUUCUCCUGUUGUACUGACCGCCCACAAAACUAAUAAGGAUGGAGGUUAUUGCAAACUCAACCGAAAUCGCAAGGUUAACUUUGAUGAAAUCGAUUUCCGAGAUGAUCUAAAAGAUAAAUGUCAGACACUUGAAGCAAUGAGAGAACUUGUCGAACGCAGGAUUAGUGGAUGGUAUAAGACAUAUGAGGUCCGGUAUGCUAGGACAUCAUGAUUGACCAAGGGCAAUUUUCAGACUCCCCCAGGCAAGCCGGGUAAGAGAGUUAGCAACAUACUUCUUGACAGUAGUCUCAAGUAAUCGAUUUCAACAUCAACCUGGACCCCGAAUUUGUUCCCUAGUGCUGGUACUUCGACGAUAAAGAAUAUUGCAAUCAAACACUCUUAUCGACAAUUCGAGCAACGGUAUUUGGUGACUUCGGCGUCAAACCUCGCUUACAUCAUUCCGUAUAAUAGUUGUGGAAUUAUUUCCUGGCUUUUGGCAGAUUUUGAUGAGAAUUGGGCACAUAUAGGAAUCAUCAUUGCUCAAUGGGGAAAGAACCUCAUGCUAGGCUCGUGGCGGCUUUGGGACUAUAUGUGAGGAAAUAACUGAACGGCACGUUAUAGAAGCGCUGCCGCCUGGUACGAGGCGCCCGCAGGAGAAGAAUUUGUAUGGGGAAAGAAGGAGCCAUGGAAGAGACAUGCA